GGCUAUGUCUUUUUGAUUUCUGUGUCCGAGACGUUUCAGGAAGUUCUGAUGAAAAUUUAUUAGACUUAGAAGAAAUCUAGAAUAACCAGCCAAAAUGCCAUUGAAAAAGCAAAUGUCGAUGAAGGAAAUCUUUAACCAAUGCCAGAACAGUAUGCAGGGACAUGGACAACUGAUAAAAUCCCUUCAAGAACUGUACAGUCAGACUGAGUUUGCAGCUUUCUGGUCUGAAUUCAACUUGCUAAUGAAGUAUUCAAUGCUGGUGUUCACUCGUGAACCAGCAGUGGAGAGAACUAUCGACUUCAUCACCAAAUUUAUCACUUCCAUUGAGCCAGAAGAGCCUCCACGAGACAGUGUUAAUUCUACACUGGACAAUAUAUCAGAAAACAACCUUCUUAUGGAAGUCUUGACAUUUCUUCUUCAGGUGCAUUCAGCAAAAGACAAAGCCAUAAGAUUUCGAUGUUGUCAGAUGAUCAAUAAGCUGUUAAGCAAUCUUGGUGAGCAGGCACAGAUAGAUGAUGACUUGUACGACAAGAUCUAUGGAAGCAUGUUGGAGAGACUACGUGACAAGAUGCCCGUUGUACGUUUUCAUGCUGUUAUGGCACUGGCACGGCUCCAGGAUCCACGAGAUGACAAUUGUCCUGUCAUUAAAGCAUACCUAUUCCUGAUAAAUGCUGACACUAGUCCUGAUGUCAGACGUGCAGUCUUAUCCUGUAUCGCCCCAUCCACUAAAACAUUACCAGCAAUUCUGAGCCGCACCAGAGAUGUUAGCGAUACAGUCAGGAAGAUGGCAUAUCUUGUGAUGGGGGAAAAGAUCCACAUUAAGGCACUGUCUAUUGCUCAACGUAUUCAGCUUCUCCAAGAUGGCUUGACUGAUACAGCAGAUUCAGUUAAGGAUGCUUGUACUGCCAAACUGCUACAGGCCUGGCUGAGGAUGCUGGAGGGUAAUGCUCUAGAUUUACUCUCUAGUCUGGAUGUGGAAACUUCCACAGAAACCUGUGAGCUGGCCCUGUAUGCUCUGUUUAAACCAUCUCCACUCAGAGAAUUAGUGGACAAGUUGGACCUGCUGAGUGAUGAUGUCCUGAUCCCAUUUGACAAGCUAACCUGUGAGAGUGCUAUGUACUGGCAGACCUUGUGUAAAUACAUCCACAGCAAGGGUACAGAGGGAGAAGAGGAACUGGAGAAAGUACUCCCAAACUGUCUCAAGCUGUGUGAACACAUUAGCAGCUUUGUAGACAGUCUGAAGGCAAUAGAUGACCUGGAAGAUCAAGUUGAGAAGGAGUUCAUCCUCAAGCAGUUGCUACUCCUUGUAAAUUUUAUGGAACUGGCAGACAAUGCUUCUAGAAAAGCUAUUGAAAAGCUGUUCCAUGACAUAUUGAUGGCUGAUCAUAUCGGUCAUCAUCUGGUGAAGUACCUGGUGCCUUGUCUAUGUGAGUUCCGUAGUAGUCCUGAUGCAGUGAUCACCUACUUUGCUGAGACCAUCUCAGAGAUCCGAGAACCUAUUACUAUGGUAGAGAUGGGCAUGGAUGAGGAGGCAAAAAGACAAAAUGAUCUCAAGAUCGCAAGUUUGAGGGUGAAACUGAACCAAGCUAAAGAGGAACUAGAAGAGCAUGUUCGUAAUCAGGACUUCAGCAAAGCUGCAGACCUCAAGGCAAUCAUCUCUGAACUGGAUGCUGAAAAAUCGAUUUUGUUAAAUGCUGCAGAAUCCAAACAUGAGGAGGUCAGGACAGAAAAGACUGAUGUGGCAACCAUCCUGAAGUGUCAAACCAUUGUAGCAGAGAUGUUGGAGAAACUGACCCUCAAAUCAAUUAAUCCAUCACUACAGAUGUUGAUUGAGUCUUUGUUGUUGCCCGGUAUCCAGAGUGAAGACAGUCGUUUGCGUACUGUUGCCCAGCGUGGUCUGGGACUGUGUUGUCUGAUAAAUCAGGACCUAGUCCUCCAACAUCUGCCACUCUUCAUGCAGGCUUCCAAGAUCGAUGAGGAAGAGGUACGAGCCACAGCUUUAUCUGUCAUGUUUGAUGUCCUACACAUGCACGGUAUGGAUGUGAUCAAAACGUCCGAUUCAGAAGCUGACGAUUCCAGUGAGGCGAUGGACACAAGUUCUGAGGCUCCUUCCUCUCCUGGGACUACUGAGGAACAGACCAAAAACACAGACAAUCAGAAUCAUGCUUCAAAUCUAGUAGCUUUCCUCAGUGGAUUUCUUGAUAGUGAGAGUUCAAAGUUACGUACUAUAGCUGCUGAAGGUCAGGCCAAGUUGAUGCUGUCUGGUAGAGUAGUCUCCCCUAAGAUCCUGUCCCAUCUGAUCUUAUUAUGGUACAACCCCCUGACAGAAGAUGACACACAUCUCCGACACUGCCUUGGCACAUUUUUUCCUGUAUAUGCCUUUGCUUGCAGAUCUAAUCAAGAAAAAGUGGAGGAAGCUUUUAUGCCAACACUGAAGAUCCUACUGAAUGCUCCAUUGUCCAGUCCAUUGGCCGAAGUAUCCGUAGAGAAUGUGGCAGAACUCUUCAUACAACUCACCAGCACCAAACUCCUCCUCCACAACCAAAACCAAACUGUGGAUGCAAACCCUAGCCAUGCCAAUGUUGCCUUGGCUAUAUGUAAUGAGAUCCUGAGUAACCCAGACUCGUUCAGUCUGAAGCUUUGGGUGAAAAUUCUGAACCAGCUAGAGCUUGGCACAGAGGACCUUAUCUCUAAUAAGGAAACAUUUGUUCUCAUACAGAGGGUCACAGAGGUGAUCAAGGACAAACAAUGCCUUAAAUCUGUGGAGAAAUUCCAGGAAUACCUCCGCAGAUUGUUACCCAAGGAAUUCUUAGCAGAGAUUGAAGAUCAGACUAAGAAAAAUAUGAAAACUGAGGAAACAGGGGAGAUAACAGAUGUAAUAGCUGAUAUCACAGCUGCUUCUACUAACCAGACUGUAUUGAAUGAGACACAACUCGGUAUGGCUGACACUAGCUCCUUUUUCCAGGAACCCAAGCCUAUUCGUCGCACCAUAGCUCGUUCAGAUGCUUCUCUCUCCAAGACACCAACUGGUCCUCCUAAUAAAAAGAAAGUGACUAAGUCUACAGGCAAGAAAUCAAAAUCUCAACUCCAAAUUGCAGCUGCAGACGACAGUGAUUUAGAAAACAAUGUGUUUGCCUCUCCAACUCCAACACGUGCAAGUGUACGAGCAGCUACAAAAGGUGUUGAUGAUGCAGAAAAUAAAAAGAUUUCAUCACCCACUCCUCAAUGA